GAACGGAACACAUGAGUGAGGAGGAUUAGGAUGAUAAAUCUCUGGAGCUCUCCACUAACCAAAUGAAUUUGGUGGGAUUAAACGCCUCUGAAUUGUGAAGCUUGCAGUUGUUGUCAGUGGUUGUGGAAGAGGAGAUGGUGUUCUUAAGUUGGGGUCGUCCAUCUUCAGAGCAGCAGCAACAAGUACUCAACAAAACAGGAACAUUCAAUUAUGACAACAAGUACAGAGGAGCUUCUUCUAAGUCUAUAGCUAAACUUAAGGAAGACUCAGAGAUAGAUAAAGAUGGAUUCUUGAUCAAUCAUGCUCGUGUUCUAGUCGGUUCUGGUAAAGAGAGUUAUGAGAAGGGGGAAAAUGCUCUCCAGACUUGGAAGCAUUUUGGUAUGGGUUGGACAUUUGUUGAUCCUGAAACUCCAGUUGAAACCGGUAACAAGUUUUGCAUCUGUGUGAAAGAAGUACUUCCAUGGGUGAUGCUUCCUCUUCAAGUGGUUUAUGUCGAUGAAAGCCGCAAAUCUAGAAAAGGCCCUGCGCAUUUCGGGUACGGGAGCGGCACUCUUCAGGGACAUUUACUGGCUGGAGAAGAACGGUUUUCAAUAGAGCUUGACGGUAAUGGUCAAGUUUGGUAUGAGAUAACGUCCUUCUCUAAGCCAGCUCAUUUCUUGUCGUUCCUGGGAUAUCCUUAUGUGAAGCUAAGGCAGAAGCACUUUGCUCGUCAUUCUUCUGAAGCAGUGCUCAAACAUCUCAAUGCUUCUUGAUGAUCGAUACCCGAAAUAUGAAGAUAUAUAUAUUUUAAGUUGUAUUUACGAUAGAAGUUGUUGCAUAUACACUUUGUCUAUACUGAAAACCGAAGCUUAAAGGGUAAGUUUUUAAUUCAGAUGAUUGGUACUA